ACCAACACACAUCACAUCCAUAAGUUGCUUCCGAGUGCGCCAGAGGAGGAUCUUUUUAAGUUAGGGUUAAUGAGACAUAAAAAAUACCCGCAUAGCUCAUUCAGAGGAGUGUCAGCGCUUACUCCACAGGAGCUUCACUGUAUCUCUUCUGAUGACUUUUUGAGGGUUUCGAUCAUUGGCGCUUCUCACCGCAGGAGCCGGCGUUCCUUACUUCGGCGGUGCUGGUGAUGUAACGAUCUUCAUCUCAGUGCUCACUCCACAACAGAUGUAAGUGUAGCUUCUCCACGCAGGGCAUGGGACCCUUCAAACUCUACAAGUGAGAGGCACGAGACACAAACCAGAGAGAGUGGGAAAAGAGGAGAGCAACAGAGAGGAAGUAACGAUGGAGUCUAUAUUAUCGGAGCAGUCAGCCACAGUGGAUGAGAUGGUGGAAGCAUGCAUCCAAGCCUUCGAUGAGAAAGGCACUUUGAAGGAUGCGUCCUUGGUCCGCAUGUUUCUCAUGAUGCACCCUUGGUACAUCCCUUCAAUUGACAUGGCUAAGAAACUCGUGCUGAAAUCUAAAGAGGAGAGCUGCACUGCUGAGCGCCGAACGAUAAUAUGCCACCUUGUCAAAUACUGGAUCUCGGAGUUUCCAGCGGAGUUCAAUCUGAGCCCUGAGCUGGCGGACCAAAUCAAAGACCUGAAAGACCUCUUGACUACUGAGGGCAAUGAGAGGCAGAGUCAGCUCAUUGACAUUGACAGUGUGCCAUCAUAUAAAUGGAAGCGGCAGGUGACCCAGCGUGUCCCAUCUGUGUCCAAAAAGAGGAAAAUGUCUCUGCUAUUUGACCACCUGGACUCCUGUGAACUGGCAGAACACCUGACCUACCUUGAGUACAAAUCCUUCUGCAAGAUCCUGUUUCAGGACUACCACAGCUUUGUGAUGCAUGGCUGCACAGUGGAUAACCCCAUCCUGGAGCGAUUCAUCACACUCUUCAACAGUGUCUCCCAGUGGAUCCAACUUAUGGUGCUCAGCAAGCCCACCGCCCCGCAGAGAGCCGCCGUCGUCGCCCACUUCAUCAGAGUGGCACAGAAGCUGCUGCAGUUGCAGAACUUCAACACACUGAUGGCGGUGGUGGGCGGCCUCAGUAACAGCUCCAUCUCUCGUCUCAAAGACACACAGUCCCACAUCAGCGCAGAGACCAACAAGGUUUUUAACAGCCUCAUCGAGCUGGUGACAUCAUGCGGCAAUUACAGCCAAUAUCGCAAGCGCUUCUCGGAGUGCUCCGGCUUUCGGUUCCCCAUCCUCGGCGUGCACCUGAAGGACCUGAUAGCCGUGCACGUCGCGCUGCCAGACUGGGCCGACAAAGAGAAGACACGGGUCAACCUGGCUAAGACCCAGCAGCUGUACGCCAUCCUUCAAGAGCUGGCGCUGAUCCAGACCACACCGCCCAGUGUUGACGCCAAUACAGACCUGCUCAACCUGCUUACAGUAUCUCUGGACCAGUACCACACAGAGGAGGAGAUCUACCAGAUGUCUCUUCAGCGGGAACCUCGCAAGCCAGCGGUGAGCAGCAACGUGCAGAUCUUCACUCAGAACUCCAGCCCCGCCCCCGCACCUGACCCCAAGCCCACUAUGAUCGACGAGUGGGCCGUGUCGGUGAAGCCCAACGCUGACCCGACCAUCAUCAAAAGUCACAUAGAGAAGAUGGUGGAGUCUGUCUUCAAGAACUUCGACACAGACGGCGAUGGACACAUCUCCAGUGAUGAAUUUGAAGCAAUUAGGAACAACUUCCCUUACCUCAGCAAGUUCGGAGAUCUGGACAAGAACCAAGACGGGCAAAUCAGCAGAGACGAGAUGAUAGACUACUUUAUGAAAGCCAGCUCUCUGCUCAACUGCAAGAUGGGUUUCAUCCACACUUUCACUGAGGCUACCUACGUCAAGCCCACAUUCUGCGAGCACUGCGCCGGCUUUAUAUGGGGUUUCUACAAGCAAGGCUACAAGUGUAAAGCCUGCGGGGUGAACUGCCACAAGGCCUGCCGAGGCCGCCUGGCAGUCGAGUGCAGGAAGAGGACCAAGAGCAUCAGCCACGAGGCGCCGCCGGCUCUCCAGGCUAGAUCCUACAGCUUCCCUCCACCUGCCAACACCCCACCUAGCCUGCAGAGCACAGUAAUUGCUGAAGAGGAUUUAGAGUCAGUGGAGGAAGGAGUGUUUGACGUCCACCUAUAACCAGAAUCCCUCCUACAGUUGGUGUGCAAGAAGCCAAAUCAGCGACUGUCGGGAGCCAGACACAGAAUGUGCUACAGUAUGUCAGUUUUACAGCCCUCAACAGUGAGGAGAAAUUGCACUGAACACAGCCAGGAAACCUACGUGCUGCCACACAGUGGACACAUACCGCUACUGCAAUAGCAACAGCAACUCCACUCCACCUAACUCAUAUGAAUGUGACGACCAAUGUGAAUGGAAUGUCUUUGUAUGAUUUUUAUGUGAAAUAUCUGCAUUUUGACUACAUGUUGGCCAAGAGUAUUACUGUAAAAUCUUAUAUUACAAAAAAAAUCCACAAAAUUGUAUUUUCUUGGUGGAAUGCUAAAGUCAGUAGAGUCUAUAAUUUGAGUGCACUUUACUGCAGAUUGGAAUGGCUGUCUACGUUUUCUUCAAAACAUAAAAGAGGUGCUGUUAUUGCCAAGAAUGUAAACCUGCCUCCCAGACUAGACUACCGUCUUCUUAAUCUAAGAAGCUUUGCUUUUUUUGUUUAUCGUCUUUCAUACAUUUCAAUGGACCGAUAAUAGGACCAAUUUUGAUGUCAGAUAAAAUAUUGUUGAUUUUGUGGUGCCCGUCUGAAGCAUGAUGACAAAAGCAACUAUACUGCCAGCUCAGAAAACAGCUGAAAUGACUGUGUGGACAGUUAUAAUUAAGAUGGACUUUUAACAAUGUUAUAUUUUUGUCAUGUUUACCAGAAAAUCAGUUACUGUCCUAUAGUAAUUGCUGUGGUGUUGUUUUCAGUAUACAGUACUGUCUUGUGCCAGUGCACUGAUAGAUGAUCUGUCCUCUUGCAGUACUGUGAAUGUAGCAGAAACAGUGAAAUGCCACCAUGGAUGUAUUAUAACAGCCGCUGCCAGAUGAAGAACUCAUCUUUCCAAAUAAAUAUGUUGACAGCAGAAAGCAGGAAACUGGCUAACGUCCCACUGAUUCCUCUGCUAGUUCUAACUAUAUUUAUUAGUUUGUGAAUGAGCUCUGGAGUUCUGAGACUGUCAGUAAAGACAAUAUAAUCAAAAGAAUAAUACCAAAACAGAAGUAAUGAGGCUUUUCAUUUGACAGCAGCAUAUUAAAAAAAUUCCCUGAGAAUCUGUUUUGAUGCAAGUCGUAUUUUGCUGUUUUUAUCCUGCAUGCUUCUUCCUCUGUGGCUCUAUUCUCUGGCCAGACGUCUCCAUUGCCAAGGCGUCGUUUCUUUUUUUAAAUGUAGCACGCUAAGUUAUCAUUUAUUUAGGAAACAUAAAGUCUUGAAAUUCCAGACAGAGGAAAUCAGUAAAUGUUUCUGUUGCUUUGUGCCUGUGGAGAGAUGAAUUCAGACUUUGAGUGCCAUAUUAUUAACUGCUGGUUUGUCGUUGAAUGAGACUCCUGACAUUGCUGGUAUUUAUUUUUCUGUAAAAAUUGCUAAAUAGCUGCAGAUCCUUCUGUGUCUCUCCCAGCUUGACGAAGGAUGUUUGUUGUUAUUCUGUGAAUGAAUCUUUCAGACUGAUGUCAUGCUAGUUCCUGUGGUCUCCAGAUAAUUCCCCAGUAUUAAAUGCAGCAGGCAUCACUCUAAUAUGUGUUCUG